AUGGGUGCUAUUUUGCGCCAGGAAAGACAAUCUGCCGAUGAUCUUAUUGCUGAAGUUGCUGCUACUCCGGAGAAAUCAAAAGUGCACGAGGAUGCUGAAGAAAUGUCAGUUAGUUUUGAAGAAGAAGGAGUUGAUGCAGGUCAGAUAUCUGUAAUUAGAGAAAUGUUUGCUACACUUCCAAGUGACCGUUUAAAAGUGACUGCAGUAGUAAUUUCCUUGUUUCAUGGGCCAUUCUCAGUGGCAACAGCUUCCGAAGUUCUCGGUAUUGACCAAUCAGAGGCUCUUGCACAGCUAGAGGGUCUUGUGGCCAGUGCAAUAAUUUCUGUAGUCAAUGAAGAAGCAAAAGAGAGGAAAUAUGACAUUCAUCCACUCUUACAAAAGUAUGCUGACAGUUUCACGAGUGAUGAACACUUUUCCGCAGCCUACCCUGGUGAAAAACUUCACAGGAUCUUUGAGGAUCUUCAAGGAUUGACAAAGACCUGCCAAAGAUCCUUAAGGACAAGGAUCUUUAAAAGAUCUUUAAAGGAUCUGUAAAAGAUCCUCAAAGAUCUUUGUAAGCAAAAACGUUUGUUAAGAUCCUCAAGGAUUUGAUAAAGAUCCUCAAAGGAUAUUACAAAGAUCCUCAUAAGGAUCCUCAUAAAGUUCUUUUCAAGGAUCCUUCAAGAUCCUCAAGGAUUUAGCAAGGAUCUUUCAAAGACCCUCAAAAGAUCCUUUCAAGGAUCCUUUCAAGAUCUUUGUAAGGAUCCUUAAGGAUUUAAUCAGGAUCUUGCAAGGAUCCUAGUCAAGAUCUUUGCAGGAUCUUUUUGAGGAUCUUUCAAGAUCCUCAAGGAUUUAAUGAGGAUCUUUUAAAGACCUUCCAAAGAUCCUUUCAAGGAUCCUAUUAAGAUCUUUGCAAGGAUCCUUAAGGAUUUGAUCAGGAUCUUACAAGGAUCCUACUCAAGAUCUUUGCAAGAUUUUUUCAAGGAUCCUUCAAGAUCCUCAAGGAUUUAAUGAGGAUCUUUUAAAGACCUACAAAAGAUCCUUUCAAGGAUCCUGUAAAGAUCUUUGCCAGGAUCCUUAGGAAUUUGAUCAGGAUCUUACAAGGAUCCUUAAAUCAAGAUCUCUGCAGGAUCUUUUCAAGGAUCCUUCAGGAUCCUCAAGGAUUUAAUGAGGAUCUUUUAAAGACCUUCAAAAGAACCUUUUAGGGAUCCUGCUAAGAUCUUUGCUAAGAUCCUUAAGAAUUUAAUCAGGAGUUACAAGGAUCCUAGUCAAGAUCUUUGCAUGAUCUGUUCUACAAUCCUUCAAGAUCCUCAAGGAAUUGAAAAGGAUCUUCCAAAUAUCUUUAAAAGAUUCAUUUCAUGAUUUUGUACAGCUCUUUGUAAGGAUCCUUUUUGAAUUUGAUGUGGAUCUCAAAGGCAACUUUGUCAAGAUCUCUACCACAUCUCUGCAUUAUGAAUUAGGUUCCUUUGAAAUCCUCAAGUAAUUUCAAACAUAACAAAAUUGUAAAUUGAGGGCUCACUGUUUUAUAAUUUAAACACAACAAGGAAUUUUCGCAGAAAAUUAUUGUGCAAAGAGUGUAAUGAAGGUUACCGCAUAGCAACGCCAUGCUCGAGGCUUUCGGGAAACUUUGUGACUACUUACAUGACAACAAAUAGGGUUUUGCAUUAUGGGAUAGGAAUUUAUACGCGCCGAGAUUUUUAACGGUCGCAUAAAAACAUAAGAAGCUCGUUGUUACGGCAAAUAUCAUCGACAAUGGUCAGAACUAAAGGGAAAAUGUACACAGAAAUAAAAGUAAAGGAAAGGCGUUUUCUGGAGUUCAGAAACAAGCGAAAAGAGAGACAGAAACAACCGAAAUCGUCAAUCAAACUCCAAGCAGGUCUCGCGAUUGCUCUGACUCUGAGGCUGAAUGAAAAGAACUCAUUGGUACUUCUGGAAAGAAAAUGAAGAUGCCAUCCUCGCCUAAUGAUUCUUGCUCUGAGCUCUUGGAGAGUGAGGAUGCAAAUGAUGUGUUACAGGGACAAGAAUACAGGCUUAUCGAUCUAGAGAGAUUCUCCUCGACGCUCACUGAAGGACAUGUUUCUGAAGAAGGUGUGAAUUUACUUGGUUCUGUGUAACCAACUUAAAAAGCUCUUUUAGAGGUUGUCAUAUGAAUUCCCGAAAACACUUAUUUUGUAGCUCAGGAUGUAUUAGUUCAAUUAAUCUGAAGUUUUUAGGGCUGUAUCCUCUUACUGAGUUGAGUUGGAUAAGCUGACAGUUUCUCUAUAAGCUGAAUUUUAAGUAAGAUAUUGUGGAAUAACUCACCUAAUAAUCUCGGUGAACUUUGAACGGGCACUGUGCCCAUAAUAUAAACGACUCCAAAAGUUCCUCAGCUCAUCCAAAAGAAAGACCCUAGUACUUUGUUUUGACACUAAAAACACUUGAUUUCAUGCAAUCUUUGUGCAGUUAUCUUUUCUCAAGUAUACCUAGGUUUUUCACACCAUGUGGUGGACAAAUUGAUCUGAUGUCAAAUAACAACUUAGUUUAGGGCAACAUAUUAGUUAUAUUCAGUAUGUGUGAUUCCUAAGCUUUCCUUUGGUAUAUAGGUUAAUAUGGUUCAGAAAUAUAGUCAUUGAAGUACUCUUGUUUGCCUUUUUUUCAUGUUUACCCCCUCUGUAAGAGUAGUCUGAGUCUGGUCAUAGUCUAGUCCUAGACAAGUUUAACACAUAUAUUUUGGUCUUCUUAUCUUUGAGCUGGACUGUUGCCAGAUUUUUUGGAAAAUGAAAAUCUUAGUACUAACCUAAAGUCUGAACAGAAAUAGUGUAGAAGUAGUCCUACUAGAAGAGGAUGGGUAAUUCUUGUUUAGCAAUAAAAAAAGUUUUAUCUUCAUUUUUUUAUGUUUGGUUCAAUUUUUCUUUUUAACUUAGUAUGAGGAUUUAAGUAUGCUUAUUUUCUUGUCAAAAUUUCGAAGGUUCUAUAACAUUCUUGCUAAGAUCUUCAACGAUCUUCCAUUUCCUUGCCAGGAUCUUCAAGGUUCACUGACAUUCUUGUCAAGAUCUUUAAGGAUCUUCAAAUCUCUUGCAAAGAUCUUUAAUUUGGCUGUCAAAAUCUUCAAGGAUCUUUCUUUUUUUUGCCAAGAUCUUCAAAGAUCUUUCAGUUUAUUGCCAAGAUCUUUAAGGGUCUUUUAUUUUCUUUCCAAGAUCUUUAAGGAUCUUCAAAAUUUUCAAAAAGAUCCUUGAAGAUCUUGGCAAGAAAAUGAGAGAUCCUCAAAGAUCUUAACAAGAAUUUGGAAGAUCCUCAAAGAAUUUUCAAAGAUCUUUAAAGGAUCUUCAAAGUUCAUGUAAAGAUCUUUGAAGAUCCAGACAAGAUCUUCAAGGAUCUUGACAGGAAAAUGAAAGAUCCUUAAAGAUCUUGGCAAGAAAGUCAAAGAUCCUCAAAGAUCUUGGCAAGAAAAUCAAAGAUCCUUGAAGAUCUUGGCAAGAAAAUCAAAGAUCCUUGAAGAUCUUGGCAAGAAAAUCAAAGAUCCUUGAAGAUCUUGGCAAGAAAAUCAAAGAUCCUUGAAGAUCUUGGCAAGAAAAUGAAGGAUCCUUGAAGAUCUUAACAAGAAUUUUGAAGAUCCUCAUGAAGAUCCUCAAGAGGAUCCUCAAAGGUCCUCAUGAAGAUCUUGUAAGAUCCUUAAAGAUCCUUGAAAGAUUUUCACCAGGGUACAUGAAAGCAAAGGGACGCUAUUACGAACUCUUUAUGUCCAGGAUGAAGAAAAUAGCGAAACUUACAGAUCCCGAGUAUGUUAAAGCAUUUCAUUUGUUUGACACUGACAGGGCAAAUUAUGAGUUUGUUCUUGAGAUCUCCUUACAACCAGAAUAUUUCAAAGUUCCAGGUGAACUUCAUGAGAAUGCUGUGAUUGCAUCACUUUUCAUAGCAAUGCUGACUGAACGCAAAGUAGUUACCCUGUUUCAUUCCUGGGCUGAGAUGUGUGAAGAUGAUGGAAAAUCAGGUAAGGGUCAUAAUGGAUCUGACUGUCCUAAGCUUGUCUUUUGUGUCACAUUUAAUUGGAAGAAAUUGAAUAAUGAUUCUCAUGUUGUCUAGGAGACAUUUUGUCAAGAGUCAUAUCAGUAGCUCAUUAGCAUGGGUAAAAUUAACAAUUGGAAGAAUAUUUCCACUCCUAAAAGUGGAAUUAAGUAUUUCAGCUUUAAUAAUAAUGCAAAAAUUCAUAAUCAUGUUCUGCUGACAGAUAUGAUUCAUGUUUUAACCUGUAACUCCCAAGAUCUGAUGUUUAAUUCUCCCCUUUAGCUGCUAAAUAUUUCCUUGUGAAUUAGUUAUGAGAACUUAGUUCUAGAUCAAGAUAGCAGCUUCUACCUGAUAGGUUUGAAUAUUCCCAAGAUCUGAUUGUUAAUUCUCCCCUCUACUUGCUAAAUAUUUCUUUGUAAAUUGGUUAUGAGAACUUGGUGCUAGAUCAAGAUGGCAGCUUCUACCUGAUAGGUUUGAAUAUUCUCAUUACCUGUUUCCUGAAUAUUGUUUGGAUAUUACUGGGAGAAGUUUCAUGUUAAUCACUUGUGAGGAUCGAUUAAAGGGUUUACCUUUUACACCCUAACAUCAGUAUGUAUAUUCUUCAUACUGUUCUUUUAAAAUUUUCUAAGGUCCUGAGGAGGAGAAUUUUUUACAAUCAAGAACUUCUUUAGCCAGGGAAACACAAGUGUGAUGCUUUAGGGGAAAAUUAGAUGUUAGUCACUCAUAGGGAAAAAUGAGUUAAUUCAUUUGUUGCACUUAAAAUGCAGCUGUUGAAAAGAAGAGUUGCCAUGACAAUUGGUUCCAUUGGGCUAGAUACAUACAAACAUAUAAUUUGCUUGAAAGCAUAGACCCUUUAACUCCCAAGAUCUUAUUAGUAAUUCUCAUUACUGUCUGCUAUAUAAUUCUUGUGAUGUUAUAGUUCAGAGAAUUUGGCACUGGAUCAACUAAUAAUCCCCUAAUUGAUAUAGUUCUUUAUUCUCAUUGCUUGUCUCCUUGAUAUUGUAUUGAUAUUGUGAGGAGAAAUUCUCUUUGUCACUCAUGGUAGUUAAUGGGUUGCGUUAAAGCCUAGUCCUUCCUUUUUCCAGUACAUCCUGUUAAUACCUCAUAACGAAAUAAAAUAAUUUAUUGAUUCAAUGUUUCAAAAACUCAAAAAAAGUAGAGUUGUGAUGACAAUUGGUCCUGUCAUGUUAGAUAUUUGUUAUCUGCUUUAAAGCAUCAAGUUAAAGACUAGUCCAUCCUUUAGCUAGUAAAUCCUGUUACCUCAUAACUAUAAACCAAAUAAUUUAGAUUCAAUGUUCAAAAAAUAAAAAAAUAAUAAAACUCAUAGUAACUUAAAAUGUUUAUCCUUCUGAGAGAGCUGACACUAAAAGUAAAAUUUUUUUUAAUUAUAUUUCUUGAACAACUUAAAUGUGAAUGUAAUGCAUCUUGCAGUGUCAGAGAUUGGAAUGAAUGGGUAGAUUUUGUGUUUCUAAGUUGCUGAAGUUGUAAAGACUUGAAUAGUACACUCAUCUGCCCCAUUUGAGUUAAAAGUUAAAACUUCUGACUACCAUUUAAAUUAAGCAUUCAUUGUGGUACUAUGUGCUUAUCGGAAGUGGAAUGUUUUUAUUCCAGAGUUAUAAAAUUUAUUUUAAAAUUUUGGUUACAAUUCAUCUAUUUUAGUGCUUAUAAAACUUCAAGCUUAUAACCAGUACCAUAGCUGUUAACACAUGAAAGACAGGAGGCAGCACCGAGGUGAAGUGGUCAAACUGGUGGACUUAAUGUAAAGUGAUGGUAUCAGAUUAAAGUAUGAUAUCUGCUACUUACCAGAUUUGUUAUUGAAAUCUGUUCUAAAAGGGCAACCAGAUUACUUCUCACCAGCUGGGAAUUCAUACCACUUUAUGUUCAUUUGGUAUUCCUUUUGUAACAAUGAUUUUUUUUUCUCUUUUUUUACUUUCUAUUGUUUUUCUAAUUCCAAUAUUAUGGUCAUUAGUGUCAGAACAUUUAUAAUAUGUUAAUUAUCCGAACUAUUUACAGCACUAUGUAUAGUUUAGACAGAGAUAGCAUGCUGCCAAUGACAAAAUUAUUUGUUUAGAAUUAGAAGUAUCUAAGAUGCAAUUUGACUCAUAAAGCAAAGGCAAACACAAGAAACAAACAAAAAAAGUAAAUGAUACAUUUACCCUUUAACUCUCAGUAAUGAUAAACAUGUAACUUCUCCCCAUAAUAUCAAUACAUGUUCAAGCAUACAGGUAAUAAGACUACAAAAACUUAUCAGAUAAAAGUUAUCUUGUCAGCUAACAACAAAUUCUCAUGACUAAUUUGGAAGGAGAUGUUUAUAUUAGUACCUAAAGGAGAUAAUUAACAAUCAAAACUUGGGAGUUAAAGUUGGUUAACAAACAAAUUACAAGUAAUAACCAUGAUUUAGAGACUUACUUUACUCUGUGAUCGGUCCAGAAAUCUUGCAGCUGCACAAGUUUCUUGCACCUGCACUUUCUAAACCAAUCAGGUGCAAAAGUUAAACCAAUCACAACUUGGUUGCUUGCAUUAUUCCGCACUUUAGGUGUUUGGUUGGUUUUAGUUUAGUUGGCUUUUAAAGGUGUUUGCCUUUCUCCUAACUGGCCAUGGUAAUUACCUUGGUUUUGGGUUUAAAACAUUCAAUUGAAAAAUGCUCUAAUCAUUAAGAAUGAAUGCAAUUCUCAAUAAGAUUUUUAUGUAAUAGGUUCUCUUGGUAGAACACAGCUUAAGUGCUGGGAAGCCUUGCAAGUUGCAGACAUUCAUGGAACAGAGAAAGGAUUUGAAGUACUGAGGGAAGCUUUGGCUUCAAUGGAGAAAGUCAAAGAUCAAUCCACUGACACUUUCAAGCUCACUAAAGCCCUUUACUUGCACACUCAAGGUGAGAUCCUUUGGAGAAACAUUGAUUACAAGAAAGCUCUUGAAAGCUUGCAGUUGUCCUUGACAUUCUCAGAGGAGCUGCUAAAAGAGCAUACAGAUUUGGCAAGGUGCUACAAUACUGUUGGAAAUUGUUACUCCCGCCUUAACCAGCCACUGGAAGCACUUGAGUUCUAUGAAAAAGCCUAUGACAUGCAAAAGAAAUUGGCUGGCUCUGAGUAUCACGUUGAUAUGCCAAUGUACAAGCACCAAAUUGGCACAGCAUAUGAGGGUCUCCAAAAGUAUGACAUGGCAAUUGAAUAUUACAGAGAUGCAUUGAGACUUCUGGAAGAACUCAAUCUUUCGGAUUUAGGGGAUGAAGCACACUUUUGCAGAGAAAUUGCCAAUGCCCUUCUGUGGCAGGGGAAAUAUUCAGAAGCAGCUGAACCUGCAAGGCGUGCUUACAACAUUAGGAAGAAACUUCUCAAAAAUCACCCACGUACGGUUCACAGCAUUUUCCAACGAGCUAUCCUUCAGCACUGCUUGCGAGAUUAUGAGGGAGCCUUGAAACUUUACCUUGAAGCAUGGGAGAUGGAGAAGUCACUUGAUGUUGGGAACCACAGUGAGGUGUGGCAAAAAAUUAUCACUGGUGUGGAGGACAUGUGUGACUUUUUGAAGAAUGGAGAAAAGAAACAAACAUUUAGAAAAGAUGCUUUGAAGUUUUGUAAACAGUUUUGGAUAGAAAAGAAAAAGUCUCCACGAUUUGCUUUUAUUGAUUCUAACCAGGACAUUAUUGAUACCUUGAUGGAUAUUGUCAGUGAUGAGAAUGACAAGAAUGAAUUGCAAAAAGAACAGCUUUGGUUCUAUGAGGGUAUGUACAAUGCCACCAAGGAAGAACUUCAAAAGGACUGUGACCUGGAAACUGAAAGUGAUACACUUCACUACAUGUUGGAAGAAAUGACCAAGCUUCUCAACCAAAUGAUACACCUUUGUCAUCAACUUAAGGAUUACAAACGGGAGGAACUAUACACAAAUGAAUUACAGGUGUGAUGGUUUUAACUUACAUUGUUUCUUUAUGAACUACCAUACUAAUUACAAGUUUAUUUUUACAGUAAAUUUGAUCCAUCUCCUAUCACAAAAAUUACCUGCAUGCUCUACUAAAAGUGUCUUCCGUAGUCACUUGUAGUCUGCAACAAAAAGCUUUAUUGCCAAUUUAUCAAGUGGUAACAACAACAGCUUGUUAUAAGCUCCCCUUACAUGUAUGUACAAAUACUAAACAUUGUAUAACAUUUCAUAUGAUUUUAUUAUAUCCUCUCUUUAAAUCAGCUUGCAUUCAAUUUGUUAACUAAGUGCAUGACUAAUGGUAUACAUAACAUGGUAAACAGUAGAACAUUACAGAAUUUUCUCAAUCAUAUUCUACAUUAUCUACACUGACACAGUAUUAAUACAUUAACCUUUUAACUCCUAUGAGUGACCAAGACAGAAUUUUACCUUACAAUAUCUGUACAAUAUCAAGGAGACAAGUGAUGAGAAAAGAGAAAAAUAUUGAUUAGGGGAUUAUUAGUUGAUCCAAUACCAAAUUCUCCAAAUUAACAUCACAAGAGCCAAAUGGCAGACAGUAAGGAGAAUUAUGAAUGAGAUCUUGGGAGUUAAAGGGUUAACCUUUCUUCAUGACGAAGUAGGAAAACCACAAAGUAACUUAGUUUUAGAUCAGUUACAAUGUGAUAACCAAAGACUUUUCGGUAACAUCAAUUUCAGUGCUUUAAUAUAAAAAUAGCAUCAGCAUGGGUAAUUUAAGCACCACAUGAAGUCAAGUUCAUUACAAAAAAUUACUGGUUAAUUAACUGAUAAUUGAUUGCAUUCACACCCACUAUAAACCUCUUAUAAAAAAUUAUAAUUGUAUGAACACUUCUUUAAAAAAAAAACACUUGAACCUAUUUUUCAUGAUUUGAUUUUCUUUGUCCACAAAUAUUUGUUAGGGUCCCAUCAUUUGUGAUUGGAUAUGUAGAAUUCACUGGCCCUCCUAUCUUUGCAGUGUCAAUAUCAUCAUUCUUGUUCAUGUAGUUAUACUACUAUAAUCAUGGUUAUUGAACUGAGUGGAGUGUAAUUUGGUCUGAAACCAUACAAAAUUGAAUGAGUGCACAGCACAAGUUUGAUUCAAUUUUGGAAUCAAAAGUAGGAUUUCAGAACAAAAUUCUACAACACACAGUUUAAAUACCACUUUAUUACAUCAUUUUGAAAUUGCAAAAUUCAAGCCCUCAGACUUGUAGUCUGUGCUGAUUUGUAAAAAGUUGUUGUCACUCAUUUUUCUGCAAUCUGAUUGACCUUUUUUUAAUUCAAGCCUUGAAACUUGGUUGGUUAAUGUGUUUUAGUAAAGCUGUCUCACUGGCUGAGAAAAAGUUGCGAUUUAGAGAUCACAAGUGAUUUAAGAAUGGAUGUAAUAAAUAUGUAUAUCCUAUUCAUUUUGUUCUAUAUUGUUAUAUAAACAGUAGCCUCUACUCUGACUGAAAAUAUGCAAGGAUACUUGUCUGCAGACAUUACCUGUUCUGGUAUGUAAACAGUUCUGAAAGAGUGAAGCUUGAGGAAAACUGUGAGCUCUGAGGAACGAUGAUGUCCAAGGACAAAUAUACAAGUAUAUUUUCAUGCCAAAUGGAGGCUAUCAUCUUUAUUACUCUUCAGAUAUUUUUGCAAUGUGUGGAUAAAAUUUUUGCAAACAAUUUACUGUUUGCUGUGUGGGAUGUUUAAUUUUCAAUGUUCUAAGGUAUGACUUGGUAAACAAACAAACAUAUCCCUUCUCUCAUCUCCAAUCAAAUUUUAAACAAAUCCUUGUGAUACAAUUAAGCCAAUUGUGUGCAGGCAGAAACAUUUGAUGGAUUUCAUUGCCUGACACAACACUAACCACAAAAGUUACAUACUUUGUGUUUAUACCAUACUUUGCAUUUUUCAGGCUGUAAGAGAUGGGAGAGUUCCAGAGGUGACAUCACACUCAAAAGGUACUAAACCUUACAAUUGUUUGACAUAUUUCAGUAGCAUGCUUUUAAACAAUAUGUAAAGGUGCAUUAAUUGUUUCUAGAUCUAAAUCUUUUGUUGCUAGAAUACUAGUAUACAAUCCAAAUUGAAGACAUGUAGAGCUAAAGAGGAUUUCAUAACUACAUGUGUAUACAGAUCACAAUAGAUGAUCAAAAGGGUUGAACCGCGGCUACUUUUCGCUUAACUUUUGUCAAAAAAUUUUGAAAGUUUCAAAAAAAUACUAUUCUUGCAUUAUUACUUGUGUAAAAAUUCUAUCCACACUUUUAGUGAAAUGACCAAUUCAUCUCUCCAGCCGAUGGAGUUUUCCGCACGGCUUCUCGUUUCAAAAAUUAGAGACUUUCAUUUCGCAAAUUACAGAUUCCUCAUGUAAAAAAUUACAGAUUUUCAUUUCAAAGAUUUCCGAAUUUUUCAAAAUUAUUAGCAGAUUUCCAAUCUGCUUCGUUUCGUUUCGUUUCGCAAGUUACACUAAGCCCAAUGCAACACUUAAACGUAACGAAACAAAACAAAUAGUUCUAAUCAUAAUUUUAAGAGAUGACUGUGUUCAUGUGAUAAUUAAUCAUAACACUUAUUGGACAGGAGUAAUACAAAUGACUGCAGUCUGGUACCAGGUCUCGAAGCCAUGUCUUAUUCGGCCAAGCUUUAGCUUUCAUUUUGAAGGUCGUCUGUUUAUGUUUUAGGAUGAUUUGUUUCAUUCGAGCCCACAUGUUAAAUGUUUUUCACUGGUAUGCUUAGUCCUAGAUUUCAUACAUACAUUCCGUAGUACAUGUUUGGCCCGAAAUUAGCAGUCAUCCCCUCUAAAGUCCUCCGCUACUAAUCCUCACACUUGUCAAGCUGUCCGCCAUUUUUAAUAAAAUGGUUACUCUCCCCAGACUCCUCAGCGGCAUCAGUAGUCGUUACCACGCUUCGCGCAGUAAAUAGGUGUUGAUUCAACUUUUUUGGCAAAAAAUCAGAAUUGUAAUUCAGUGAAACCGAUGACUUUAGAGUAAGAUAACAAACAAAAGUGGUUGGGUUAAAAUACCACAUUUCAUGUCUUCUGAGAUCUCAGUUAUUUCUAAAAACUUCUGAUUAAGUAUUAAGGGUUUCGAUUAUAUUUAUAGCAAGGGACUUUCUUUCACAAAUUUUCAAAAAGGUCUUAUUUACAAUCGGAACGAAAACCAAACCAGAGUGCCUUCAAUCAACAUAGCUUCAGUGAAACCGAUGACUUUAGAGUAAGAUAACAAACAAAAGUGGUUGGGUUAAAAUACCACAUUUCAUGUCUUCUGAGAUCUCAGUUAUUUCUAAAAACUUCUGAUUAAGUAUUAAGGGUUUCGAUUAUAUUUAUAGCAAGGGACUUUCUUUCACAAAUUUUCAAAAAGGUCUUAUUUACAAUCGGAACGAAAACCAAACCAGAGUGCCUUCAAUCAACAUAGCUUCAUACAUUCAAUAUGCAAUUUGGAGUUUAUGAUCUUUUCGUGUAGCAUGCGCGCUGUAAGCUUAUAUUUUAAAAGUCUUUGCUAUAUCUAAGCAUUGAAGAGCUUGCUAUUGAUUUUAAUGAUUUUGUAAGCUCCUAUUGAAACAGAGGCAAUAAAAACAGUUUAGAUAAAAGGGAAAGAUGAACGGCAUAUCGGGGUUACUACCACAGAGUUUGCGUUUUCCGCGUUGAAAAUGAAGUACCCUUCAAGAUAAACGCAUUGCGUAAGGCGCGUUUUCUUUGCCACGAUUUCUCUUAAUUUUCCUUCAUAUUUUCUGCUCAUCUAUUCAAUUGUUCAGUUGGUAACAUUGUUGUCCUUGCGGAUUGUAAAUUUCUUUCAGGCGCCUUGAUUGGUCUCUCGCGCUUUUUGAGGGUUGUAUUGAGAAUCAUUUACUUGAUCACAAAAUCGAUCAUAAAUUCAUUCUUUUCGCAGUUAAACCUUGCUGAUAGUUACUUCAUAAAAGUAGCAAUAUAACACAUUUUUUUGCGUUGUAUAACAUGAUAAACCCACUUGGAAGAUAUUGGAAGAACAUUUUAGAGGCUUAGCCCGCGUCAGAGUAAAUCGCUCUGACAGAGGCUAAUGCCAGCUUUAGAAUCCCCCUACGGUGGCCACUUUACAUUAUCAGUUCAGUUGAUGACAGCAAAAUAUCCUAUGUUCAAUCAUCUCAUCAGUUACCUUGGUUACUGAACGACUCAUUACAAAUCUGUCCUGGAUUGGGAAAGAACAUGCCUUUUUUUGUUCUAAUCAAAUAGCUCCAGAAGAAGAGAAGUCACUUGAGGUGGAAGAAUUUUCCUCCAGAUCAACUGAUCAAGACGGUCGCCAGAAGGAGGAGACUGCACGAAAAUUGGAUGAAAGAAAGACUGUCAUCAAGAGGUGCAGUUCAUUUGCAUGUUAUCCACGUUAGUAGAAUUUUAUAUACAUAAAAAAUGAAUAAGUUAUACAAUUAUCCCUAAGGGUGGCUACUAUGCAAUUUCUCCUCACAACAUCACCCCUGAAUCAAACUUUAAGGUCAGGAAAAUAAAUAAAAUGAUCACCCUCCAAUGCAGGUCUAGAUUGUCAAAAGACUUCUCCUCGUCAGCAACUUAAGAAAUGUUUUCAGAAUAGUUUUGAGAAAAUUCAAACUGUAUGAUGUCAGGGUGUAAAGGGUUAACAUGAUUUGCGAAUAUUUGCAUGCGAUGCACAUUAGCGACAUAACAAUCAUAUUAAGCUGAGCUUAAUAAAAGAAAAACUUUCCCUGAGUAGAAUGAACCAUGAUGGUCACAUGCACUAUUGAGAAUUUCGGGAUUAAGAAAAUAGUGGCUAUUUUGAAUGCUGUUCGUAAAAUUUUAAAUAGAAUCUUAUUGAUUCUCUUACUUGAUGAGAUAGCUUAGAUACAAUUUGCACCACAGUUACUCAAAAACCUACAAUUUAUUCCAUAAAAGUAAGUCCACACUUUUAGAAGAAUCGUUACUUCACUGAAUUAGGUACUCUCAAUUCGCGACAUUCGGAAGCGUUGUAUUAGCUAUAGUCCGGUGAUCUAAAGCGUUUUUAAGUUCUUCCCCAAUAUCCGUCCCACGUUAUUUAUACAACGAUAGACCUAUAGAAAGAGUAGUCUUAGGUUGCUUAUAACUUAUUCUUUAACUGCAGUAUUUUUAUAGCUUAGCAUUCCUGCAGAGGGCUAAUAACUGUUCAAAAAAAGCCGAUUCUGUCGCAUAUUCACCCGCAAAAAAGGUACAAAAGACGCCGUUUUGGCCUUGCUCAACGAAGUAGACUGCAUCUUCGUGAUUUGGUUAUUUGAUAGUGACAUCACAUCCGGAAUGUCAACCCUCGAGCUUAAAAUAUCAAAAUGUUACUUUAUGCAUAAGCCUUUCGUCGAUGGAGUAAGAUACAGACAACCAAUUAAUAAAGAUAGCCCAUCACUGAAGUUGAUGAGACCGAGUUUAAAGAGCUGCAAAACCGUCUUGAAAGAGAAACUCACUUUACAUUCAAGACGAAACAUCAUAGCGUUUUCACUCAAACAAAGGCUUGAUAAAUGUAAUUUUGUGAUUAUUUCAGAGGUAAAAUUGCAGACGAGUCAGAGUCUUGGAAUCUUGCAGAAGCUGGUGCAUUCAUCACAUUUAACCUUGGAGCGAUAACAAAAUCCUUGACCAUAACAUGUUCAUUAUGGACCCCCGCAGCCCUUUCUCCGCCCAUUGGUAGUAAUGAGCUCUUGGUAAGCAAUGUGAUUGAACUGUCUCAUGAUGGCCCACCUGAUCUGGAGUUCAUGGAAAAUGCUUCGGGAAGCAUAAAUGUGGCUUUGUUUCACAGUGCCUCUAACUUCAAAGGAUACGAGGUGGUUAUCAAGCAGUUGGUUGACCCCCAAUACAACGAGUGGGAGGAUUUGGAGACAAAAAACGUUUGGCAUUCGUCAGGUACUGAAAUAAUAAAUUUUACCGAUGAGAUCCGUACACAAGUAUCAUUCCAUAGACUUCUUGCUAAUUUCUCAAUUCCUAGUUAGGGUCAUUUAAGGGAGAUGAGGAGCCGGCUUAGUGGUUCGUGCACUUAACUCCAGAUCGACAUUUAUAGUUUCAAGGUGGUGUGUUCUUGGGCAAAACUGAGAAUGGAUUAGAAUGGUAACAUGGAGAUUCUCCCAUACAGACCUCCAGCUUGGUUAAUAGGGACUAACUAAUAAUUAAAACGAAUUACACCUACAGGAAAGUUAUUAACAGUAUCUUUAUCUCAGACUUCCCGCUCUGUGACAAAGAUUGAAGUAAUAGCCAUAACCAAAAAUAUCUAUUGUAGCAUUACUAAUAAUGUUAUUAUGUUACAGUAAAUUCAACCGUUCCCAAUUGGACGUGCCCUUUCGCUGAAGCUGCUUGCUCAAAAACGUGGUUUUCCACGUUUGCAGUAGUCUGGCGCCUCAAGUCUUUUGUCUUUCCUAAUCUUACGUCUGAGACCUCUGAGUUUAUCUGUUCACUGCCAGACUAUCCAAAUGUUAGUGUUGCAAUUCCAUGGAGUUCUUUGCCUACCGAUAGAGACUUUUUUUUAACUCUUAAGGUAUUUAUACCCGAUGUUGCAUUUGUAAGAAAUAAUUAAGAUGAUGAUGAUAAUAAUAAUAAAAUCUAUUUUCAUCUUUAUUGUUAUCAUUAAUAUCAUUAAUACAAUAUCUAUCAUUUAUUUCAUAAGACUUUAUUAGUGAUGAGAAAAAAAAAAAACUUAUUGCCAAGGGGGUGUUAAAUUGAUACAAGCUCAAAUGCUUUGAUCUAAAUUACGGUCGAUAACGGAUUUUAUGAAAAAUAACAUGUUAGUAUGUUCAGAGUGCAUAGAUAGUGCUGAGAAAAGAAUGUUUAAUCAAAUCUAUUUAAUGGCCCUAUUUUAUUUGGGAAACUAUUGGUAGCUAACAAGAGUACCUUGGGUUAACAUAAAUUUCUGAUGUGAUUGUGUUAGCUCUUAAUUUGAGGUGCAAGAGGCGCCAACCAUUGACCACGAUGUAGGUGGAAUGUUUGUUGGUCCGAUUCUUCACAUUUCAUGCUCACACGAUGUGAAGCUGUCAGUGCCAGCAAAAAUCAGCGUCCCGCUGGUACUCACGGACGGUGAAAUAGAGCCAGUGGAGCUGCGUUCAGGUCAGUUGAAGAUACUACAUUUCACGUCAACAGAGAAAUCACAAGAAUGGACUGAUAUCACAGAUCAUUUGGAUAUGCCUGUAGUCCUAAGAAAUGGAAUAGUGACGUUUCAAGUCAAAACUUUCUGCCGGUAAGAUAAAGACGUAGAGCUGUUUACAUUUUUUUUUACAUUUCUUGAAGUAAACCAUUAGUUUUAGAAACGCGAUGUCCGCUUUGUAACUGUUAUGAAACUCCAAAUUUUGUCAGUUCUUAUGCUAUGGGUUUGAAUGUGAUAAUGAGUGCAAAAGAGCACUGAAAAUUAACAUCGAUCGAUUAAUCAAUGUACUCAAAGUACAUCAUACGCCUGGUUUUUGAGAUAUUUUGAUUCCACUGGCGAGUGACUUAAAAAAUAGGAAGCAUCCAAUAAAAAUUCUAAGGAAGUUGAAUAACAAAGAUGCUUGACGUCAAUUUUAUCGCAACAACUGCUCCUCAUAUGUACCAAGGUGAGGUAUACCUACUUGUGAGUAAAAGAACCAUCCCCCCCUCUGCCCUCGUCCUCCACCCCCUCCUUCUCCUUCUCCUUUCUCCCUUGAGCUUCUCUAAGUUAUUAAAGCUGGCUUUAAAAUUAAAAGUUCUCACUGAAAAAAGUUUCUUCUCAAGAGGCCAACACGCUUUCUAAUAAGUGUAGAUGCGUCUUAAAACGUGUAUUUUUUGGUUCAUGACGUGUAGAGUUUUCUGCCAUUCUCUUUCAGGUUUUGGCCCUGGUUGGUGAAGACGUCCGCUAUCAUUCCACGGAAAUAUGCCUCGCUCCUAUACGAGAGAAUCAUGAAACGACACGCUGGGUUUUUAGCUUGCUUAUGCAAGUAUACAGUACCCUCGACAUACUUGCUGGAGUUGUUUUGUUUCCCGCAGCAUUUAAGAUCUGGAGUGGAUAACUAUAUAUCCUCAAGAUAUUUUGUGACUUUGCGUAGAGAAGAAACCUCGCAGAAACCUCUGUCGAGCGGCGAUGAGACAUAUGUUUCUCUUUCAAAUGGAUUUGAAGUGCAUGGGGCGGGAAAUGCAAAGGACAUCGUCUUAAAGUAA